AUGCGGACAACGGGCAGAGUGAAAGUGUCCCUAGGCCAAGAGCCCAGGGCUCCAGACUGCCAUCAGCAUCUGGACCGGCGAGGCCACCAGAGAUGCUUCACAGAGAGAUAGGACCCCAGCCUGAAAACCAUGACCCCUGUGAGACCCUACGCAAGGCUGGCACCCGACCCCCUGGACGACGCGAGGCCUUUCGCCACAUUUUCCUGGCUCGCACCCAUGAUGGUUAGAGGCUAUCAGCACACGCUGACUGUGGACACGCUGCCCCCACUGUCACCUUAUGACUCGUCCAGCUCCAAUGCCAAAAGGUACCAGGUCCUUUGAGACGAAGAGGUAGAGAGGGCGGGGCCCGAGAAAGCCUCUCUGGGCCGAGCCGUCUGGAAAGUCCAGAGCACCCGUGUUCUGAUGGACGUCGUGGCCAACAUCCUGUGCAUCGUCAUGGCAGCUAUAGGGCCGACGGUUCUCACUCACCAAAUCCUCCAGUGCCUCCAGGAGUGUCUGGGUUGGCAUGGCCUGCGCGUAGCCCUGUUUGCCACUGUCCUCUUUACCAAAGUCCUCUUUCGGGCCCUCGCCUGGGCCAUUAACUACCGUACGGCAAUCCGGUUGAACGUGGCCGCCUCCACUCUGGUUUUCCAAAACCUGCUGUCCUUCAAGAUGCUGACACACAUCUCAGUUGGCGAGGUGCUCCAUAUACUAUCGAACGAUAGCUUCCUGUUCGCGGCCGCCUUGUUUUGCCCCUUACCAGCCACCAUCCCUGCCCUAAUGGCUGUUUGCGCAGCGCACGCCUUUCUCAUCGGCACCUCUGUGCGCGUCAUAUCCAGCCCCAUCCAGAUGUUUAUGGCUAAACUCAAUUCAGCCUUCCGAAGAUCAGCAAUUUUGGCGAUGGACAAGCGGAUUCAGACAAUGAAUGAGUUCGUGACCUGCAUCAAGCUGAUUCAAAUGUACGCCUGGGAGAAGUCUUUAACCAACACCAUCCGAGGCAUUUGCGCGAUCGCCACGUUUAACGUGAUGAAGUUCUCACUCGCGAUCUCGCCUUUCUCGGUCAGAGCGGUGGCCGAAGCCAGCGUGUCUUUGAGAAUGAAGAAAAUUCUUAUAGCUAAAAGUCCCCCGUCUCACAUCACCCGGCCAGAAGACCCAGAUACUGUUUUGCUUUUAGCAAAUGCCACCUUGACACGGGAGCAAGAAGCCAGCAGGAAAAGUGACCUAAAGAAAGUGGAGAAUCAGAAAAAGCAUUUUCUCAAGAACCAGAGGCUGGAGGCCUAUGGCGUGAGUCCAUCGGCAGGAGUUGCUGGACCGGAGGACCAAAGGGGCAGCUGCCAAUCCUCAGUUCACGCUGAGAGGCAACGGCGACUUUGUUAGCUCUGCUCUUCAAACCCCAAAGGUGAGUCCGUGAGGCUUGCUGCUGAAGGCUCUCUGGUUUUGUGGCUCCAGAUGCAGUUACAACGAGGGGUCGCGGCGGUCAGCAGGACCCUGGCCUCCCAGCAAGCAUGGAUCUUCCACGGAAAUGUGAGAGAGAACAUGCUAUUUGGAGAAAAGUAUGAUCGCCAAAGGGAUCGGCCCACGGUUCGUGCCUGUGCCCUCCAGGAGGACCUGGGCAGCCUCCCCCACGGAGACCUGAUGGAGGAUCCCGAGCACAGCUGCAAGGUGGCGACGGUGGCAGCCCUGAAGGACAGCACCGUGGCCAGAGACGGAGGCGCGGGCACCGCCGGAGCCCCAGCCCCUCGUCGCCCACGGCGCUGUGGGCUCCGGGAGACGAGGAAGCGGAAGGAAAAGAAGCUGACAGAAUCGGAGUUUGCAGACGUCAGAGGGCUGGCUUCCGGAGGAUCCUGGACUGAGGUGGGCGACCUUAUCAAGCCACCCACCCCCAGUCUGGACCUGGACUGUCUCACGCUGGUGGCCUUGACGGUUUCCUCCACCUCUGAUCUGUGGCCACUGGAUGUCGGGGGUGUGGCUCCGGGCAGGCUGCUCCAGGUGUGCGUGCUCCAGGUGUCCGAGACCCAGGCUAAGGUCACGUCGGCGGAGCUUCUUCGGGACUACCUCUUGACCUGUGCCCCUGAAUGCACUUACCCCUGAGUGGGGCCACAUCCCCACGCCUGCCCCAGCUGUGGGGAGAUAAUGUUCAGAGACUAUCAGAUGAGGUACAGAGACAACACCCCGCUUGUUCUCGAUGAGCUGAACUUGAACAUCCAAAGCGGGGAGACAGCUGGCAUUGUGGGAAGAACAGGUUCUGGAAAGUCGUCGCUAGGGACAGCCUUGUUUCAUGUGGUGGAGCCGGCCAGCGGCACCAUCUUCGUCGACGACGUGGCUAUCCGCACGGCUGGUGUGGCAGACCUGAGAACCAAGCUACCCCGGCACCCUGUCCUGUGUGUAGGUACAGUAAGGUACAACCUGGACCCCUUUGAGCAUCACACGGAUUAGAUGCUCUGGCAGGUUCUGGAGAGAACGUCCGGGAGAGACGUGGUGAUGAAACUCCGGGAACAAUUACAGGCAGAAGUCACAGAAAAUGGAGAAAAUGUCUCAGCAGGGGAACGUGAGCUGCUUUGUACGGCCCGGGUGCUUCUCCGUAAUUCAAAAGUGACUCAGGAGCACACCGAGGACCUGCAGGUGACUCAGGAGCACACCGAGGACCGGCAGGUGACUCAGGAGCACACCGAGGACCGGCGAGCACCCCGAGGACCGGCAGGCGACAGGCAGCCGGAGCUGAGUCAGUGGGGCAUGCGGCCCCCUGACCGCCAAGCCCUCGCGGUCACUUCACCUGCCCGUGUCAGCGGCCUGGCCACUGCGGGCGCUGAGUCUGAGGCCCGCCUGUCUCGUUCCUUUCUGUGUUCUGCUGCUUCCUCCUCCGCCUACCCAGCCCAGCGUCUCGCAUAG